UGGUGCUGUGGUUGGGAUUUAAACAGUGAUUCACCGCGAAAAGUGCCGCGCAGUCGGAGCCGAAUGCACAGACUCAGCUGAUGUUGGCAGUCGCAGCGAGUGUGCGGCCGUCUUCGGAAGACCGUUAUCUCUUGUUUCUCUGUCCACUUUCUCUCAAUCGGCCAUUCUUUGGCUGCUGUUGGAUGCCCUUUCCAUCCUCUUCCUUGAAGAUGACGAGUUUACGCAAAACACUGCACCCCCUGCAAUCCGCUGCUGGAGACAAAGAAAACCUGGUUGGACCGGGAAGAAUGUUGAGCAUUGUUGACCGUGACAAUCUGAAAGCAAGCUUGCGGGAAGUCAAUGAAAAUGACAAAACCCCUGAUCAAGCCAAACUUAUCAAGCGUAAGAAAACAAUCAGUAAAGGUGUCCAGGCAGGCAAGGAGAAGACAGCAUCAUCUUCAGUUACUGCGGAAGAUUUAACUACAGAGAGUGAUAAUGUCAGUGAGAACUACUGGCAUAGCCUUGCUGAGCAGCGUCGUGUAGCGUUGGAGGUGACGUUGAAAGAGAAUGAGGCACUCCAUAAGGAAAAUGAAGAGCUCACCAAGAAAGUUACACUUUUGGAAGAGGAAAAUAGAGUUGCCAAAGAGCUGCUGCAAGAGUCAGAAACUCUGGUUGAUGUCCUCAAGGAAAUGAUUGGUGGUGGUGAUGAUGCAAAUGAAAGUAGCAUCAUUGAUAACUCCUAUGAAGUAUAAGCUCCUAUGUAUAAAUCCACAGAUGUAGAAAACUUAUGUGUUAGGUUUUGUAAUCUCAUGAUCUCCUUUCUCAUUAGAUUGUUCAUUCAAUCAUACUACUGUUUUUGAUUUUGUUCACCAGCUCCUGUUUAUCCUAUGAUGUCCUCUUUUGAGGUGAAUAAUUUUUAAUUUCACAUUUUCUUUUGUGUCAUGACUGAGCUUAUUUGUUUUUCAAUUUUAGUCCAGGCUUUGAACAUUUUUUAUUCCAUUUCUAUUAACCUCAUACCAUUCCUUUAAUGAACUAAAUUGUGCGACCAAACAAAAUGUCAAUUAUUUUGAGUAAAUAAAGAAGUCGAAAGCGCCAUUUA